GCAGUCUCCACAGCACUAAGAUAUGGGCUUAUUGUGACUUCAACCUGGAGCUUCUCUCUUAAAACUGAAAAGAAGAAGAAUAAAAAGAGAGUUAGACAGAGAGAGAGGAAGUGAGAAAGAGAUACAAAUUGUCCAGGAAGAUGGAAAACUGAUUGUGUCCAAGACUUUGAAUCUUUAUUACGGGGGAAAAAAAGAGGAGCAAGGACAAGCCUGAGGAUACUACAGAUUAUGUUGCCAUGGAAACCAAAACCUGGAAGCGGACGCAAGGACCACUGAAGGUGGACAACCAUCCUUGACUGCAUCCUCGACACAUUACUAUCCCGCUGCGUGCUGUGGUGAGAGAAUGCUGUGGAGAAUAACUAUCCCAGUCAUACUGGCUGGGGUGCUCUGCAUCACUGCAGAGACCAAAAAGCCUCGGCCGCAGGGAUCCAUUCCAUCCCCAUACAAGAACAAAGGGAACCUGUCCUCAGAACGUCACCAACGGCUACUGCAGCAGAAACCAGAGGUACUAUCCUCCAGCCGAGAGGCCUUGGUGGUGACAGAGCGCCGCUACCUUCGCAGAGACUGGUGCAAGACCCAACCCCUCCGUCAGACCAUCAGCGAGGAGGGCUGUCGCAGCCGCACUGUUGUCAACCGUUUUUGCUAUGGCCAGUGCAAUUCCUUCUAUAUCCCCCGCCAUAUGGGCCCCAGCUCGGGUCAGGGCCAGAAUCGUGGCAAAGCCUCAGGAUCUGGAAGGAAAAAUCACAACAAGGCCCAGGAGCCGUUCCAGUCCUGCUCUUUCUGCAGGCCACACCGCAUCACACAGCUCACGGUGCAGCUAGACUGCCCAGACCUGCAGCCCCCUUUCAGACACCGUAAGGUGCAGAGGGUCAAACAGUGUCGCUGCAUGUCUGUGGAUGUGAGUGGCCAUGGGAAACUGUGAAGGAGGACUUAAAAGGUCUUUUAAAAUUAAAAUUAAACCUGAAUAUUGUCAAGGCAGAUAUUCACAAACUUCGCCAAACAAAGACUGGCUUCAAAUUGAACUCUUCUUCAUCGUGUUUUACAAAUAGUGGCCUGUUCCACAAUAAAAUUUAAUGAAACCUGGAACUGGUAUUAUUAAACAAAGGCCCAACAUUGAUUUAAUCAGAGACUAUCAGCUAUGUUGGCAAGCUGAUGGUCUUGAAAGAGACUGAUUCAAGUGGCUGUUGAGAGAGACUGAUGAUGAAGCGGCCAAUUUUACUUCCCGUUAUUUCACGAAGUUCAUAUCUACCUGCUAUUUGUACAUUUGUUACUAGAUUCCUUUGCGAUAAAGGAGAUUAGAAAUUGCCUCUCAGUUUUAAAACCACAAAACAUCAUGGACACUGGGAGAGACCAUGCUGAUAAUGCAGUGCCUUAAGGAAACUAAACUGUACCCUGUGACCCCUUUAAAAGGUUUUUGUAAUAAAACAUGUUUUUCUGCAGGUGGAUCUACAGUAAUUACAGUCUGUCGGCAAAAAAAAUUGAAAAAAAAAUUGACUGUGUUUUAUAAGUAUUGUGUCUGUUCUCCUGUAUCUUUACCUUAACUUAUAUGAUGUCCCAAAUGAUACACAAGUUGAUGUCAAGGAUUACAAGAAACAUGAAGCAACACAGCAAUGACCAGUGGCAUCCACCUCCUUGGACACAAGUCUGGCUGCAUACUGUACAUUUGCCAAUAAUGUACUAGCCAGUUGGAAAAACAGCAUGUGUAAAAA